AUGAAACCAGCCAGUGUGUUGCUGCUGCUUGCUCUAGCCCUUUGCUGCAUCACAGCUACUGAUGCACAGCGGGAAUACUGCCGCAGCUUCCGGGUACCCAGACCUAUGUGUUCUAUGGAGUACAUGCCACACUGUGGGUCUGAUGGCCAAACAUAUGCCAAUAAAUGCAUGUUCUGCAAUGCAUUCGUGAGAAGCCGUCGGACUCUUCGCUUGAGAGCUCUUGCAGCUUGUUAACUUCUCACUGGGCUUCAGCUCAGAAAGAGGAAUGCUCCCUGGUAAUGCUCCUCAUGGCCAGUGCUCCCCUAAAGCCUUGUCCUGAAGCUUGGAUGCUCCUGAUGCCUCUUGUAA